GGAGAGGGAGAUGUAUAGACGCAUACGUACACAGAACUGAGCAACGAUCAACCUUGAAUUAGCCUUCAAUGGCGGCUUCAAAGACCUACAACACGAGAACAAACUACCGAUCCCUGUCGAGCGACCGAGACGCUCGAAUGGCGUCGGAAUCGUCCGAGUUCGAGUUUGACGAGUCGGAUGUCUGGAACACGGCUAGGUCCGCUACGCCGGACUUUCGUAACCAGGCGACGAAUGCUAGGCUCUCGAAGAAAACGUCGGCGAGAAGAGUUGACUCUGUUGAACGUGCAAGCGCCGGUAUGACUCCGGCGUCUUUUCCGGUGAACAUACCGGACUGGUCGAAGAUACUGAAGGAGGACUGUAGUGACAACCAGAGGAGAGAGAAUGACGAUAACUUCGGUGAGGAGGAUGGUGAGGACGGGGAGAAUCGGAUUCCGCCGCACGAGUUUUUGGCGAGGCAGUUUGCCAGGACGAGGAUCGCCUCGUACUCGUUGCAUGAAGGGAUUGGGAGGACUCUCAAAGGAAGGGAUUUGAGUAGGGUGAGAAAUGCAAUUUGGGAGAAAAUUGGGUUCCAAGAUUAACAAAAAACUGAGAGAAAAUCCAUUAUUACUAAUCAUAUGCAGUGAGUGACUCUUUUUUUUUUUUUUUUUAACAGUUUUUCAAAGUUUUCCUUGUUUUAUUUUAAUUUUUUUCCAGUUUUGUUUGCCUCUUUGUUAAUCGUAACUUCUUGUGACGAAUCGGUUUAUUAAUGCAAGUAAUGAUACAGAAAUUUUGGAUUGUAUUAUGAUUUUCAUUUCUGUGUCUAUGCACUG